AUGACCGCUCCUUCGCUCUCCACCGUUCGAACGAUCACUUCGUCUCUAAAUGUUCUACACAUUCGAGCCGACGAUACCGUCUGCCCGACCUAUCACAAUGCCUUCUCCGACCCAGAUGCAGACGCCGUCCUUCGAUCUUAUCAAGGAACGCUGUAUCGUGUUCACUCCUAUACUCUCCGUACAACAUCAGGGCUUUUUGAGACAAUGUUUACUCUUCCUCAGCCCAAUUCUCGGCAUUCAAGCGACUGCGAAGAACCCAGCAUGUCAAAAAUAAACCUUCCAUCUGUUCUCGACGUCUACGAGUCAGACUUUGUUCUCGAACGACUUCUCAGGCUUCUCACGGGGCUCCCCCUACCACGGUGGAACUCGAUUGAAGAAAUUGAGCGUGUUCUGACCGUCGCUGAAAAAUGGGACACACCAGGUCCGAUAUCGACGAUGCGAUACGCGCUCAGCUCGCAUCAGUUUCUCCAAAGCCACCCCCUUAAAUGUUAUAUGCUUGCUACUCACUUUGGCUGGGACGCCGAGGCAAAACUAGCCUCCACACAUACCCUGACACUCAACCUGAACGACAAAAUUCACUCUUCCGUCAUCGAUCAAAUGACCUCGAAGGACUUGCUUCCUUUGCUCGACCUACAUCGAAAGCGUCGAGAUAUGUUCCGAGAGCUCCUAAACAGUCCUGAGAGAUUUGCAGCCGGAAAUAGCUCUCCGUAUCAUUGCAACCGAUGCGGGGUAACCGAGCUGGAUAACUACGCUUGGCGUGCGUUUAAACAUGCAAUGUUUCUGGAGAUAGAACGGAGGCCACUGGGAGACACUCUUGGUCUUGCUUCAGGAGAGGCCGCUGAAUGGCCGGAGUCAUUAGCUUGUUGGCAGGCCAAGUGUCCAAAGGGAGGCUGCGGAGGAUUAAAUUACGACCGGAUAGCCACACUAAGGCAAAUCAGGCUGUGCAUAUCACUUCUUCCAACGACUAUCGAAACAUGA